AUAACCACGUUGCUCAGUGGACGCGUCGCAUUCCAUAAAACAUAAAGAGUUUCCUUUGUCCUGACUCCUCGUGAAGUCUCCUAACCAUCUGUCCUUGACCCCGUGACGUUUUCCGGGGACGUCAAGGAACAGACGUUAGGAGGCAUUUCUUUUGACAUUUGGAAUCAAACCUCAGUUAUGUCUCCUCUGGGUGCGGUUGUUGAGUUCCAGGAGGAAAGGGAAAGGAAAGGAAACGAAACUCAACACCGUCAUCGAGAAAGAAAGCUAAACAUGUGAAGGAGGCGCAGUUCACGGCGCGAGGGCAGUGAAGAGAACGCCGAAGGAAUGAAGUUUAGAGAACAACAGCCGGAACGCGUAAAAGCUUAAAAGGUUCCACUGAGAGAGAUCCAGCCUGUUCGUAGUGUCACCACACAGGUGAUACAAUUAGGAACCGAAGACGUCACACGAACACGAGGACCAUGUCUGCUGCAAGGAAGGAACUUCAGGAGGCCAUGUGCUGCUACGUCAACGACACCCUCAUCUACGUCAACAUAGUGAGAGAAUUCUGUGAGCGGGUCCAUAAGUGGACGCUUGGGAGGAAGACCGAGUUGGACAUGAUGAUGGACAUCAAAGAAAGAGCUGACGGCAUCGACCCAGGCCUCGACCACGUCACCCAGUCCAACAACAAAGUCCAGGCCUUUUUUUGGUACUUAGGGAGCAAGUUCACCCAGGUGACUGCAGACAGCAGGCGCGCCGAGCUGGAGGCGGAGCUGGCCGCCGUGCUGAAGGGCACUCUGGGAGGUCUGGAGGAGCUCCACUGCUUCCUGGACGCAGUGGAGAACCUGGCGGUCACCUCGCUUCAUGUUUUCACGGACCAGAACUAUAUGCUGCAUCUGCCAGAAGGGAUCUGCCCAGAAGACGUUCAGGUUGUGAUCAGCGCUGCACAGAUGACCUGCCAUCUCCUCAUCGGGUUCAGAAGAGAUGCAACAGCCUUCUUCCUUCCCAAACUUCACAAUGUGGAGGUGCUCUCGUAUCAGCUGAACAAGUACAUUACAACCACACAGACAAUCUGUGAGAAGUUAGAGAAAAGCUCCCUCAGUGACUUCUGCAUAGAGAUGAACGAUGAAACCCUGGUGGAUCUCGAUGUGGAUUUGUCUGAAGAUGAUAUUGAAGUGAUGCUUUGGCACAUUGAGGAGCUUGAGGAAAUCAGGAAGGAACUUCAGGAGGCCAUGUGCUGCUACGUCAACAACACCCUCAUCUACGUCAACACAGUGAGAGAAUUCUGUGAGCGGGUCCAUAAGUGGACGCUUGGGAGGAAGACCGAGUUGGACAUGAUGAUGGACAUCAAAGAAAGGGCUGAAAACAUCAGCCUAAACAUCAACCACGUCACCCAGUCCAACAACAAAGUCAAGGCCUUUUCUCGGUACUUAGGGAGCAAGUUCACCCAGGUGACUGCAGACAGCAGGCGCGCCAAGCUGGAGGCGGAGCUGGCCGCCGUGCUGAAGGACACUCUGGGAGGUCUGGAGGAGCUCCACUGCUUCCUGGACGCAGUGGAGAACCUGGCGGUCACCUCGCUUCAUGUUUUCACGGACCAGAACUCCAUGUUGCAUCUGCCAGAAGGGAUCCGCCCAGAAGACGUUCAGGUUGUGAUCAGCGCUGCACAGAUGACCUGCCAUCUCCUCAUCGGGUUCAGAAGAGAUGCAACAGCCUUCUUCCUUCCCAAACUUCACAAUGUGGAGGUGCUCUCGUAUCAGCUGGACAAGUACAUUACAACCACACAGACAAUCUGUGAGAAGUUAGAGAAAAGCUCCCUCAGUGACUUCUGCAUAGAGAUAAACGAUGAAACCCUGGUGGAUCUCGAUGUGGAUUUGUCUGAAGAUGAUAUUCAAAGGAUGCUUCGUCACAUUAAGGAGCUUGAGGAAAUCAGGAUGAACCAGAGCUUCCGGACGGUGUUCUUGUUUCAGGGGGAAUGUUCUAACUUCAUCUCUGAAUUUGAAGAGCGACAGCCUCGGAUGCUUCAGUUUCUUGAAGACCUUGAGAAGAAUGCUGUUCAGCUGGACCAGAUGAAUAAGGGGGCAAAGAUCUCCAGUGUGGUAGGCAGCUCAGUGGGGGCAGCUGGAGGUGUGCUUUCCAUCAUCGGUUUGGCAUUGAUUCCUGUAACAGCUGGAGUGUCUCUCGCUCUCACAAUGACUGGGGUGGGGAUGGGAAUCACCAGCAGGGUCAACGGAUUGGUCACCACUGUCACAGAGAUUGGUGUAAACAAUAAACAUCAAAAGCAAGCUGGGGAGAUCUUCCAGAGCUUCAUGGAGGAUGUGCAGAUUCUCCAGGAUUGUCUGGAAGAGGUCAGCAAGAAGGUUUCAAGCCCAGAAGAUGUGGUUCUGGGAGUAGGCAUGGCGCUAUACAAAGUUGGUGCUAUUGGAAAAGGCAUCGAUGGACUUGUGGAUGCGACCAACGCUAUUAAGAUGUUAAAGAGUGAAGACCUGUUUGUAGGUGCUGGCAAAGUGGCGAUGCAGGAAGGGAAAGCGCUGCGGAACGCGCCCAAGGUGGCGGCGGACCUCCCCGAUAUCGGUCAGGCGGCGCUCAAAGGCCCUCUGGCCCUCUCCAAAUCGGCAAGGGCCGGUCUCAUCGGCCUCAACGCUUUCUCCCUGGGCAUGGAUAUCUUCUUCAUCUGCAAAGACAGCAUCGGUCUGGCCAAAGGCAGUGAGACCAAAGUCUCACAGUUCAUCCGAGCCAGAGCCGCACUUUGGCGCUCCGAGUUGGACUCAUGGCAGAAGAUCUAUGACUUCCUGUGCAAAGGUCUGCUGACAGCAGAGGAGAACCAAAUCAUACUGGAGAUGCCAUUUUAUCCAGAGAAGGAAAUGAAGAAACAUGGAAUUGGAAAGAAAAUUUCAUUUGAUGAAGUUGAUGAAAAAGAAAAGAUGGAUGAGAAAAAGGCAUGUGUUGUGCAGUAGUGCUUCAGUGACCACAGAGGAUUAUCAACUCUUAAAGUAAACGCCAUCAAAAUGUGUCUUUAGGGACUUCUUAAUUAGCUGUACUUCUCUGGACAUAAACCAAUUAAAAUAAACCAAGCAUGUGACACAUUAUUCUGUGUAAUUUAGCCCUUUACCUAAUGAUAAAUACUAAUGAACAAUGAAAGUACAGCAAAAAAUGAUGUUCUAUUCAUUCAGUAUGUAAAGCUAAAUAUGCACAUUCUUCUUCUUGCACAAAUUGAUGAAUAAGAAUUAUAAAAUGUGUUUUUCUGUUAAUAAAAAUAUCCUGUUAUGAAUAAAUAUUAUUGUAUAAUACUUUCAUAUGUACAAUAUUAAAGUAGUAAAAGUGCAACACUGGUAACGAC